AUGGCCAGCAAUCUGAAGCCGAUCUCCACGCGGCCACGAGGCGGCGGCCCGGGGCCUGGUGACGUGGAAGGCGGCCGCGGCGGCUCCCCCUCGUCGAGCACCGGCGUGGCGCCGCUGAAGGAGCGCGGCAACAAUGGCGGCGGCGGCGACCCGCAGAGCGACAGCCCUGCGAUGGGCAGCGACAGCUCCAGCCCGUGGCGCCGCUUCUUCCGCGGCGGCAGCCGCUACCCCAACAGCGACGCGGACAGCUUUGGCAACAGCCCCCGCAACCUCAUGGGCUUCUCGCCCAAGGCUGGCAGCAGCAGGAGCGAGAGCCACAUGAGCACGCCCGUGAAGCGCAAGUACGGCGGCGGCGGCGGCGGCGGCGGGCGCGACUAUGGGCCCGGCCAGAUCAACGCGUACCCGCCCGUCAACCCGGCCGGCCACGGCGCUGCGGGCGCGGUGAUGAUGAGCCUGGCGGAGGAGCUGCUGACUAAGAAGGGUCUGAGCCUGAAGGACCUGCAGGAGGAGCAGGAGGAGUAUGCGGAGACGGGGGACAAGGUGGCCAUCCCUAAGGACAAGCGGCCCGUGUCCAAGCACUGGAACUGGGUGGGCCUGCUGAUCUUCCUCUUCUACUUUGGGUCCCUCAUCUACUACAUCAUCAUCCGCGCCACCAAGACCCUCAACAUGGGCUAUCUCGGGUACGGCAUCCUGGUGCUGCUGAUUGAGAUCAUCUCGUCAACAGCCACGAUGGGCUAUGCUGUUCUCCUCAUAAAGUACUCCAAUUCGCGGCGCACAAAGGGUCUACCCAUAGCCAAGAAGGGCCAGCAGCCCGACCUGGACAACCUCGCGUUCCACGUGCGCGUGCUCGUGCCGUGCUACAAGGAGAGCGUCGAGCUGGUCAAGAUCACGGUGCUGGGGGCGGUCAAGGCGCCGCUGCCGCGCAACACGCUGCGGACGGUGUACCUCUGCGAUGACGGCAAGGACCCUGCCAAGGAGGAGAUGAUCCGCGAGCUCAAUGCGGAGUACGGCUGCAUCGACCGGGCGGGGUGA